CGGAAUUAGAAACAAACACAGCAGACAAACGAACUGGGUGGAGAGUGUGUCGUUGUGACACUUGCCAGUGUAAGAAGGUCCUGCGGGCUACCCAUCAGACAUGGGAGCGAUUCUGGACGUGCCCCGGCCCCAGCAGCGCAGCUCCUCUGCCCCUGGGGGCUGAGGCUGAGCACAGACGAUGCGUUUACGGGGGAGCGCAAACAGUAAACUCUGCUUCCUGCUCUCCCUGACUCUCUGCGCCUCUCUGCUGCUCUUGAUGGGACUCCAGCAGUGGGCACCCUCGGAUCUGCAGCUCUCUCGAUCCCUGCAGCCCUUCAGGCAGUCCCCCCAAACACUUGGAAAUGCAACCUUGGACAGAAGCCUUUCUAAACAGGAGAAACGAAGAGGAGCCGCUUCAUCGGGGAGCUCCAUCACCGACUCCAGCAGUGCAUUUAAAAGAGAGCACAACUACCAGCGAUUUGCAAAACCAGAAAAACUUCUUCGGACUUACGCCAAAGCGAAAGGGCUGCAGGAUUUUGUGAAGAACUCAACAGUGAAAGAUCAGCGAGGUCCUGGACCCUGGGAGAAAGCUGCAGCGCUACCCUGGGACAUCGCACCGCACAGCAAGCAUAAAAUGCAACUCAGUGACAUUUUUAUUGCAGUAAAAACUACUCGAAAGUAUCACAAAGCCAGACUGGAUCUGCUUUUUCAGACCUGGAUCUCACUAGUAAAGGAACAGACAUUCAUAUUCACAGAUGGAGAGGACAAAGAGUUACGUGCUAAGGCUGGAGAUCGCAUGAUUAACACCAAUUGCUCUGCUGCACAUACGCGUCAAGCGCUUUGUUGUAAGAUGUCUGUGGAAUAUGAUAAAUUUAUUGAAUCCAAAAAGAAAUGGUUUUGCCAUGUUGAUGACGAUAAUUAUGUAAAUAUUCGCAGCUUAGUCUACUUGUUAUCCGCAUACUCACACACACAAGAUGUUUACAUUGGUAGACCAAGUCUUGAUCAUCCAGUGGAGGCUGUGGAGAGGGUGAAGAGUGAUGGGUCGUCUACCGUGAAGUUCUGGUUCGCCACUGGCGGAGCUGGGUUCUGUAUCAGCCGUGGACUGGCGCUAAAGAUGAGUCCGUGGGCCAGUUUUGGAAACUUUAUAAGUACAGCAGAGAAGAUCCGUCUGCCUGAUGAUUGUACAAUUGGCUAUAUCAUUGAAGGUCUGCUGGAAGUGAAGAUGAUUCACAGUGAUCUGUUCCACUCGCACCUAGAGAACCUGCAGCAGAUCCCACCACCUAUUAUCCCUGGACAGGUCACCUUAAGUUAUGGAAGUUCAGAAACGAAACGGAAUGUACUGAGAGUCCAAGGGCCUUUCAGUUUGGCAGAUGAUCCUUCAAGAUUCAAGUCUAUACAUUGUCUCCUCUACCAUGAUGUCUGGUGUCCUGUCAAAGACAGGUACUGAGCAUGAAAACCGUUCUGAACCCUUCCUCCAUCAGCUAUGAUCGUUUUGAAGAACUUUGUGAGUGAGAAAGGACCUUUAUGGUAAUGAGGAUGAGUAAAACUAUGAUGCUCCAAAACACAUUGCUACACAACUGUAUGUCAUUUUUUUAUAGAUGGGUCUAAAACAACUACAAAUAUUCUGCAAAAGGAAGCAAAAAGCAACUCUUUAACUGCCCGAGUGAAAAUUCUCAAGUCUGACAUGAACUCACUUUCAUGUUCUGAUCCAUCAUCUUGGGUCUACUUGUUAAAACAGGAUUCACUGAAGUGGGUCCGCAGUCAAGUUGUGUCAAAGCUGCGUGCCAAAGUUCCAAAAUUACCUCUUCUAAAUUUAACCUUCUCUUCUGCUUUUGGGCUGGUAAGUUAAACGGUAAGUUGGCUUUGUGCAAGCAGAGACUCGGGGUCAUGUAACAUUUCUCAUACAUUUAUUUCCUAUAUAUACAAUUAACCUUGGCAAAAAGCUGAUGGAUGGUUUUAGGAUGGUGCCAUCCUACAGAAUUGUAAACUUGGAGUCCUCUCUGUAUAUUUGGUAUAAAUGAGUUUGAUGUGUGCAAUUCAGUUCUAGCAAUAUUACAUUAGCUGGUUGUUAUACAGUUAUAGACAGUCAAUCCUACGCGUUCUUUAGAUAUGCCUUCUCCUUUAAUUUAGCAGGUGAUAUUUACAUCUCUGUGAGAUGGUGAUUAUUGAUAGAAUUACAUCACUGUGGCUUCAUUGUGCCGUAAAAUGUCAUGAUUUUGGGAUUUUACCACUGAGUCAUUAGAAAUGUGCAUUGACGGACUACAUAGAAUCACAAACUUGAUUUUCUGCGUUUGAACCGGAUUGAAAUUAGUCUUUACUAUAAUUAAUAUUUUGGUAACCGAAACUGUCUGUUGGCUAUUGAAAUGCUUUGAUUACUCUGACAACAAUUUGAUUGUAAAACCAUGUAUAAAAGAUACUUGUGUUGUAUUGGCAUGCUGAAUAACUCACCCAGCUCUGUCAGAUCAUGUUUCACUAAAAGGUUAUUUAGUUAGCCACAAACUAAAACAUAUUUUAGGACUUGCUUUACUGCAGCGAUGUGAUCAAUUUCCAUUGCACAAUAUCUAAGAACCAAAUUGUCUGCAGUAUUCAACUCCAUGCAAGUUGAUAAGUCAUUUAAAUGAUUUUCAUUUUUUUGAGAUAAAUUACAAGUACAGGACCUGCAAGUGAAUUAAUUGCAUGCUUUACAGUUUGAGAUGGUCAAUAGACAGGCUUGACUAGGGAUAUCCAAAAGGCAUAUAAAGUGCUAUUUUACAAACAAAAAUCUCCAAUAUAAAACCCUCAUCUCCAAAACAAGUCUGACUUUGUAGACGGAUUCAUUAUUUGGCUUACCUCAUAUAGAUCUGUCAUCUAUUAUCUUUUUAUAGUAGUUAACAAUUGCUGCUAUUCCAGGCAGGAUUUUAUGUUAUUUAUUUUAAUAGUACUCUGCAAAGUACUAACACAUAUUAAAUAUAGGCCUUUUUAAUGGAUCUUCCAGUAUAUUUUGUAUGAUUUCUAGAAAUAAAAAAAGUUUAGAUGCUCCAAACUAAAAGCUGCAUCUGAAAGAACAACAAAUCACAAGUGUUGAUUUGGUCUUUUGACCAGUGUUGUCUCCUACAUUAAUGCCAUUGGGCUGCCAGGAUUGUAUCACUGGGUUAGUAGAGAUUUAAAUGUCCAGGAAUUAGCCAAAAGUCACUUUGCUUAUCAGUUCUUUUUGUAUACUAUACCCAGUUAGUGUCAGCCAGAACUUUGACCAACAUACCUCUUGCCUGAUUUGUAGCAGAUAAAACUCCAAGGAAUGGGCAUUGUGAUAUUUACUAAAUUUCAGUUUAGAUUAUAAAAACUAAAAGAAAUGCGGAUGCUGUAAAUCAGGAACAAAAACAAAGUUGCUGGAAGAGCUCAGCAGGUCUGGCAGCAUAUG